GGCGCCGGGAGACCGGGCCGGGCAGCGGUCACUGCGGACACGUGAGGUGAAUUUCCAAUGCAGCAUCUCAGCAGCAGCAGCAGUAGCAGAGAGAGAGAGAGGGAGACAGGGGGAGACAGGGAGAGGGAGAGACAAGGAGGGAGGGAGAGAGGGAGGAGAGCAGUCAUGCGCCGGCUCGCUAAUCUCUCCACGAAUAUUGCGGAUUUGGACGCGGCCAUGGAGGAACCCGCAGAGGAAACCCCCACUUUCACAGGGUGAAGGGCGCUUGGUGCAGGGGAGCUUACGGAUCUGCAGCCCGUCUUUCUCUUCGCCUCGCCUUCACUCCCCGAUCCCGGGCCGCUCGGGUCAUGGCUUGGCCGUGCAUCAGCAGGGUGUGCUGCCUGUCCCGCUUCUGGAGCCAGCUGGACAAGUCCGACCUGUCCGUGCCGCUCACUGUCCAGAAUUACUCCGAGGUCAUCGAGCAAGAGGUGAGGUCUGUCACCCAGCAAGUGGCGGCGGAAGGGAGCCUGAACAACAGCGCGUCGCUGCCCCCCGAGCACAGGGCAGAGGCGCCGGUGCAGGAGUCAGUGUCCAGGCACGACUUCAAGUCCUGGAGUGUGUGCAAGGAGGCGAGCUGCAAACCGAAGCGGGAAUACCAUCCGUCAGGGGUCCCUUUCUCCGGCGACACCCAGUACAAACGCGACUUCAAGGCUUGGCCCAUCCCCAAAAAGGAGAGUUACCCCUGGGUAAAGGCAGGGCAGGACCACCCCAUCCCCAGCAGUGCCAGCGCACACACUCUGCACCCCGUGCCCACUGCGGAGCAGCAGCGAGGAGAGAGGCAGCAGAACCCCAGGGAACCCGCCCCAAAGCACACCCGGGAGGAGACCAUCAGGCCCGCAGUAAAAACCACCUCCUACAGACAGGAGUUCCAGCCCUGGACUGGAGUUCAAGGUGCCAAAUCCGUGAAGGUAAGGCAGGUGUACUCUCCCCCAGGAGAUAAGAUUGUCCUCGAGAGCAGUUACCAGGCAGCUUUCACGGAGGAUGCCUUCCGACGCAGUGAACCACUUCAGGUCGCAAGUAGCAAGUCUCAGAACCAAAUAGCUUCAGUGUCAGAGACGGGCAAUGUAACAAACACCGAGAGCUCAGAGCCAGUGGUGAAGACAAAGUUAUCGCCAUCAUCAAAUUCCUCGGCAGUGUUUCAGACCCGCUCCCGUGUGCUGAACAUAUAAACCCAGUCACAGCUUCCACUUCAAAGGAACCGGUCCCAGCGUUGACGUCGUUCCGGACUCACGGCAGCCGCAUUCAAUCUGCCAAAACAAACUAUGCAAAAUAAGCCUCGGCGCAGAUGAACGCCGGCAUUUGAAGUGACCCUCGGCAGGAUGUGUGUCUCCAGUUGCCUGAUAAAUACUUGUCAUUGUACAGUGAAUGAUAAAAUGAUGGAGACUCAAGCAAACCCUAUUUAAUGUGUGUACGUCUCAUCUGCAUGUUGUGUAAGGAUAGCUUGGCUGAUUGCACACUGAGACUUGGACAACAAGCAAUAGGCCAGCCAAUAAAA